AUUUUUUAAUUUUAAGAAGAGCAGAGAAGCAAUAAAAUUUUGUCAAUACAUGAAUGAGAAUAAACAUAUUUGUAUUAUAAAGCUAUUUAUGUUAAGGUAUUCAAUCGUGUCCAUUGUUUUGCCACGAUGAGUCAUUUACUUCUUCAACACCCACGCAUGUUCACAUUACGCAUGCGUCGGUGGACGACCGCUAAUGGAACCUUGUGUCCUGAGUUUUUGAUUCUGUAGUCUUUAAGCGAUCGGUGUAAUUUUGGAUUCACUUUUAUAUUAUCUCCUUUUUUACAGAUGAUGAAAAUUGUCUUAAAAGGUUUACUUUUAUUAAAGUAAAUGUCCGAUUGGUAGAUCAAAUAUAGCGUUUUGUAUCAAAUCUCCGUAGAACGUAUAAUUAUUUCAUAAAAUAUCAUAUCCUAGGAAAAUAAAUCAAGGAGGUCAUGGGCCAUGGCUCUAAUAAAGUCAUAAAAUGUAUUAUACAAAUAAAAAAAUUCUUAUACUAUUCGCAUUAAUAGCCAAAUCGUUAGGUAUUGGUGAAGAAUAUUAUAUAGAUCAAGAUGAAACCCACGAUACGUCGCAUACUAUAACAAACAAAUCUGAUGCUCGAAGAACAUUAGAAAUCAACCUUUCACCCAAAACUAAUAUAUCUGUUAGUACUGCUCUGUUUAGCUAUAAAAAUAUUAAUAAAGAUGAUGAAGAAGACAUUAUAUUGUUAUCUUACAAUAUUGCUAGAGAAAAAAAUGCACGAUUAGAAAAAAAACAUACUUCAAAAACUACACCUACCUUAUACCUGAAAGGUGGUAAUGAUAGCACUUUUUCAACUAUAAAAUCUGUACGAAACGCUUCCCACAAUACUUUGUCGAUAAGAAUUAAUUCCUUUGAAGAAUAUGAUUAUAAAUACGACACUGAUACAGAUGAAGAUAGCUUGCAAGCAUUACGAAAUCAAGUUGAAGAAGAGAAGUUAUUAAAAUCUCAAAACAAGACUGAACCUGAUAUUCCUUAUGCUAAAUUCUAUAAUUUGGAACCCGCUGUAGAUCAAGAUCUUACCUUUAAUGAAACAAAAUACAUAUAUGAUAAAACUUGGUAUGUUCCACAAGAUUUUCCGUGCUGGGAUCUGCCUAUUUUGUAUGGAGAGUUGGGCGCAAAAAAGAAAAAAUAUGAUGUUUUUCUGAUUUAUGGAGGAAACUUAGUAAAUGUUAUCGAAUCCUCGACUGAAAUGACUAAAAGUUAUAAACCAGUGGAACCACCGAUAUCGCACGUUAUUAAUAAAUGGUGUGAAGUAGAGCCUUGUUAUGGAGACCAUACUCUUUGUCUAUUUCCAAGUCCUGUUAUAUCAAAUAUAUGUGAUAAAGAAUAUAAGGUGUAUGUGCCAAAUAUUUUAGACCAGUCUACUUUAGUGAACACAAUAAAUACAAUGCGAAACCAUGUCGCCAAUGGUGUAUCGAAAAAGUAUUCACAUUUACCUAGUGCUGCAAAUAUGAAACAAAUAACAUAUGAUUACGAUUUAGAAGAUAUGGCUCAAGCGUGGCUGCGGCAGUGUUUGCCUGGUUCGGCUCCAUGUUCUGGUCUUGAUGGAAAUUUAGUUUCUCACUUAGAAUGUACUAAAUAUGCAAAAUAUUGCUGUUCGCAUUCUUCGAAAAGUUUUUCGGAAUGUGUACCCCGGCCUGAAUGCUAUAUAAAUCCUAUUAUUGGUUGUAUACACAUUUGGUAUUCCAGUGCUGGAAAAAACUUGAUAAAACGAGAUGUGCAGUGUGGUCGCAGUUCGGUAUCCACUUUCCACACAGUUCAAUUGCUUUGGGCCAAAACGAGUAAAAUUGGUUGCGCAUUCGGUGAAAGAUCCAAUGGUGAUAAAAGAGUUGUUUGUAAUUUUUCACCAGGUGCUCAAUUUUAUCUGGAUACUAAAUUAUAUUGUGGUAUAAUUGCACACAACGACAUUGGAUACUUACGCAAUAAUGAAAAUAUAACAGAUCUUAUAUACCUAGCAUCUUUAGGUAUAAAAUGGCGCAGUUUACUUAAAUUCCCUACUAAUAACGCUUCACUUAAAACAAAUAAGAUGGCUAUUAAAAACGUUGUUCGUACAACGGCAUCAACUGUGACAGAAUCAAAUACAGCAGAAUCACACUGGGGAGUGGAUAACUUAAUUAAACUAUACAAAGAAGGCUGGGUACGAAAACAAUCUGGCGAUUUUAAAAAUGGAACGAGAAGCAUGACCGCUCGGUUGGUUGCGAAAUACACGUUCAUUGAUGAAAGUGAGGCUAGAUGUGAUUCUGAUGAAUCAAUUUAUGUACCAGGACGUCCAGGAUCUAUGUGUGUAGAGAAGGGCAGAAUCUAUCAUGGCCUAUGUUACGAUUUUAGAGAUCCAACUCCGGGAUAUAGACUUAUUGCUAUAGCUGCUCCUAUUGCUUUGUUUUCGUUGAUUUUAUACGAUUUAUUCAGUGGCGUUGUUAGACAAACAAAUAAUUACUAAACCACUGUAAUUCAAUUAGAAUAUUCUCUUGUAUCCUUAAUGUAACUAAAUAUAAUUAUGAGUCAUAAACCUCAAUAUUCAGUGAAUUCUAUUGAGAUGUGGGAAUUUUUAUUAUAACAACAAAAAGUUAUCAUAAGUGAUUCAUUGGUGUUACUCUGGCGCCGCUCUCCGAUUAAUGGUAGGUAGGUACAAUACAUUUAACGUAUUUUUUUAAACUUCCUAAAUAUUUGUAUUGUUUUGUUUAAAUAAAACUCUACCGAAUUUGUAUGAAUCGCACAGAACCAUGUUUUAUUAGAAAUAUAUUAUGUUUUGUACAUAAUACCUAUAAUGAAUAUUAUAAUUGUUGUGAUAAGACAAUUCAAGGCGCGCGAUGAGCCUUACAGCCUUUUUCAAAAUUCUGUAACUUUUAUUUUAUAAUGAAUGAAUCUAUCGUAAUGGAUGCCUUUGACAUAAUUGAAUAUGUUUGAAUUGCAAAAUUUUAAAUUGUGUCACAUAAUA